GUAUUACAUUGAACGCAUGUAAGACACCUUCCUUCCGUUGUGAUUACAACAUACCGUGCCACUGUUAAUUCUCCUCAGCAAAUACACUCUAAUUCACAUCUACAUCGUUCUGCCCUGUCUGCUAAUAUGUUGAAUGAAAUAUUAAUUGCAUACCAUCUACAUUUAUAGACAAUUGCGACAUUCUUAUUGGAUUCUACGCUUGGUAAAAUUACUGGAUCUAUAUCGUCCAUAUUGGGAUUAAUAAUUUUGUUAUAAUUGUGGAGUAUCUGGACCAAACCCAGCCGAACACGCAAUAACCUGAAGACUUAAGUAACGUCCCUUAUUUUGUUAUUUGUGUGUGUAAUUACUUGUUAACUGUUAAUUGUUACAUAAACUAUAGACAUAAUAUUUUUGUUGCUAAUUUUUUGGUUAUCAAACAUUUUGGUCCGCCACAAUUAUCUGGUGAGCCUCGAUUAUCUUUUUAUAGACAUUUACUAUAUAUAGCUGCAUAAUUUAGUAUUCUUAUUAAUUGGCACGACCCCAUUUUUUGUUUUUGACAUUAUGGACUCCCCUAAUAAACUUAUCGAUAUUGAUAGCUCAUUAACCAACCCCUUUCAUUCACCACCGCCAGAAGAUAAUGUUUUAAACUCAAUCAACACUAUUUCUGAACUGAGAUUACCAACAUAUGGUGUUAAUAAUCCCAGAAUCUGGUUUGCACAAGUUGAGGCACUAUUUUUGGCGAGGGGCAUACGUUCACAAGCGACUAAAUAUGCCCACAUCGUCGGGGCACUACCUAUAGAUGUUGCAACGGAAGUCAGUGACCUGAUAGACAACGUACCAGAAACGGACCCCUAUGACAAAAUAAAAGCUGCAGUGAUCCACCGUACUUCGCAGUCUGAUGAAAAACGCUUGCAGCAACUACUCACCGCAUGCGAGUUAGGGGACAAAAGACCUUCACAGUUGCUUAGACAUAUGAGACAACUAUCAGGCCCUUACAAGUUAGACGAAGCAUUACUUAAGCAGAUAUGGUUACAAAGGUUACCAUAUAACGUCAGACAAAUCCUCAGCAUAUCAGGAGCCUCUGUCAGUCUUGAUGAUUUAGCAGACAUGGCUGAUAAGAUGAUAGAAAUAUAUUCUGAUAGUCACGGCGUUAGCGCGAUACAAUCCUCAAAUGCAGAAAACAUGAGCGACGCACUCAACAUCCAACAACAAAUAACACUGUUAACACAGCAGCUAGCAUCACUGCAGGCGACUGUUGCCACCAUCCAUUCUCGACCUCCCAGAUCUACGUCCAGAAGGAGAUCAGUAUCCAGACAUCGUCUUAGGUCACCUAAGCGGGCAGCCGGAAUGUGUUGGUAUCAUUCGAAGUAUGGUGAGAAAGCACGUUGUUGCACAAAACCGUGCACCUUUAAGACAAACAACCCAAUCUAUCAGGGAAACGAAGCGGCCAGACAGUAACGGCGGCAGCUGCUACUGGCCAACAUGUUAGCCGCCUAUUUCACGUCAGGGAUCGCAUUUCUGGCUCGGACUUUUUAGUCGAUACUGGAGCAGAAAUCAGCAUCAUCCCACUCCAUCUCUCCCGCAGACAACAGACAACAAGCACUAAAUUGUCCUUAAUAGCGGCUAACGAAUCAGUUAUCAAAACUUACGGAGAACAAUCUCUUAUAUUAGACCUCGGGCUCCGCAGAAGAUUCACAUGGGUAUUCAUAGUUGCCCAAGUCAAACGACCCAUCCUCGGGGCUGAUUUUCUUAGUGCGUACAACCUGUUAGUAGAUAUGACCAACAAGAGACUAAUCGACGUAAACACACGUUUACAGGUAAAUGUUGCGCUCUCCAAUGACAACGAGAUCCACGGUGUUCGAAUAAUGAAACCUGUGAACAACAUCUUCAACGACAUUCUAACAGAAUACCAGUGCAUUACGAAAGCAGAUUACCAAAAGGAGGGUAACCCACAGCUGGUGCAACACCAUAUCACUACCACCGGACCACCCACCCGCGCCAGGGCGAGAAGACUCCCUCCAAACAAGUUGCAGUUCGCUAAGAGAGAAUUCGAACACAUGAUGCAACUUGGAAUAAUCAGACAAUCUAACAGUCCUUGGGCCUCGCCGCUGCAUAUGGUCCCCAAGAAAGAUCAGGACUGGCGCCCAUGUGGAGAUUAUCGCAGAUUGAAUAACCAGACGAUCCCAGACAGGUAUCCGAUCCCUCAUCUACAUGAUUUUUCGUUAAAUCUACAUGGAAAACAGAUUUUUUCAAAGUUAGAUCUUGUUCGAGCAUACCAUCAAAUACCGAUGGCACCUGAGGAUAUCGAAAAAACAGCCGUAAUCACACCUUUUGGGUUGUUUGAAUUCUUGAGGAUGCCAUUUGGGCUUAAGAAUGCUGCGCAAACAUUCCAACGAUUUAUGGAUGAAGUCACGCGAGGUUUAGAUUUCGUAUUUGUGUACAUCGAUGACGUCCUAAUUGCCAGCUCAUCACUUGAAGAGCAUGUCCAUCAUCUGCAGAUUCUCUUUGAACGAUUCAAGAAAUAUGGCGUAGUUAUCAACCCUACUAAAUGCAUAUUCGGUACGUCUGCCUUAGAAUUCUUAGGACACUAUAUUGAUGCACAAGGUAUUAAACCUCUACCAAAGAGAGUUGAAGCCGUCAUCAACUAUCCUGAACCCACUUCGGUUAAGUCAUUACGUCGCUUCCUGGGUGCAUUCAAUUUUUACCGUCGAUUUUUACCUAACUGUGCCGACGUUCUACAACCGUUAACUGACUUACUAAAAAACGAUAAAUCAGGUAGCAAAAAGAAAAAGAAUCAACCAUUCACGUUACCUUCCGAUGCCAAAACGGCAUUUGAAAAAGCCAAAUCUUUGAUUGCUGACGCCACCAUGCUACAACAUCUAAAUACUGACCCCAAAACUCAUCUGCUCCUCUGUACGGACGCAUCACAAAAAGCCGUAGGAGCAGUAUUACAACAACGAGUAAACAAUACGAUUACACCCAUUGCUUUCUUCUCUAAAAGGUUAUCACCUGUACAAGAACGUUAUAGUACAUUCGGUCGUGAACUCUUAGCCAUGUAUUUAGCCGUUAAACACUUCAAUUUUUUGCUACAGGGCCGGGAUUUUACCAUCAUGACGGAUCACAAACCCCUGUGCUACUCCUUUAGUAUGUCGUAUGACAGACAUUCACCACGCGAAGCAAGACAGCUUGAUUACAUCUCACAAUUCACCACAGACAUUCAGUUUAUCAAAGGUCACUCCAACAUUGUAGCAGAUGCGUUAUCGAGAAAAGACAUCAAUGUAGUUGCAUCCAACCAUGACGUCAACCUAGAAAUAAUCGCAAAACUUCAAGCAGACGAUGCAGAGCUAAAAACCUGCAAAGAAAAGUCUCGCCUGAAUCUCCAACCUGUACCCAUUCCAUUCUCCGACGCAUCCAUCAUCUGUGACACAUCAACAGGUAACAAUCGUCCUUUUGUUCCACUUGCAUGUCGCCAAAAGUUAUUCCAACACUUGCAUGGUUUAUCACAUCCGGGCAUCCGAGCUACUACAAAGCUGAUAACUGAACGUUUUGUUUGGCCGAAAAUCAAUUCAGAUAUUAAACGUUGGACACGUGGUUGCCUUCAGUGUCAACGUAGUAAGAUCCAAAAGCAUACUAUUAGUCCAAUCGGAAAAUUUCCUAUUCCUGAUAGACGUUUUCAGUAUAUCCAUUUAGAUUUAGUAGGACCUCUACCUCCGUCAAAUUCUUUUACUCACAUCCUCACGGCAAUAGACAGAUUCACUCGAUGGGCCAUCGCAUGCCCCAUCAAAGACAUAUCAGCUGAGACUGUAGCAUCCGUUUUUCUAGACCGAUGGAUAUCGCACUACGGUGUACCGACAACCAUCACAACUGAUCGUGGUCCCCAGUUUCAGUCUAUCCUGUUUCAGGAAUUCACAAGACUUCUGGGUGUAAAACACAUCAGAACCACAGCUUACCACCCAGCAGCAAACGGCAUGAUUGAAAGAUUUCACCGGCAAUUAAAAAGCUCACUCAUGGCUCAAACUGAUUCAACAAAAUGGAGUGAUGCCUUGCCGCUUGUUCUCCUUGGGAUUCGUGCCACGGUGAAGGAAGACAUAGGUUGUACACCCGCCGAAUUAGUCUAUGGUACGACUCUAACGUUACCGGGUCAACUAGUCAACUGUGCACCUACAACGCAAGAAGAUGCUACUCAUUUCGCAAGUUGCCUAUUACAAGUAAUGCAGAACAUUAGAGCAAUACCACCGCGAGAACACAACAAUCCAGUCCAUCUCGACAAACAUUUAGAAACGUGCAAAUUUGUUUUCGUUCGAGUAGACGCGGUGAAAAAGCCACUGACACCACCAUAUGAAGGUCCGUAUAAAGUAAUAAAACGCACUUGCAAAUAUUUCAUUAUCAACAAAAACGGAAACAAUGAAACCAUUUCCAUAGACCGAAUUAAACCAGCUUUCUACGAACCCCCUCAAGCCACUGAUGACAAUACGGCGAACAAACAAUCACUCCCAUCAAUUGCGAAGAAACAAGAGGAAGAGGAAAAACUCAGCACUACACCCUCUUGUUUAACACGAUCUGGGAGACUUAUUAAAAAACCCAAACGUUAUGUACAUUUUAUGGACUAACACAAUCAAUCAGUUGUAUGCAUUACUUUGUGAAGUUACGCAAUCUUCUAAUAAAAGAUAUUUAUUUUCCCUACAUGUACAUUUAAUAACUACAUUUAUUUGUUAUCACUGGUUUUGCCAAUUUUUUUUAAUAAGAAAAAAUUGUCAUAGUAAUAAACGAGUGGAUGCUAACUAACUAUUUAUUAAAUUCAUCCAUUUAUUUUAUUUUUUAUUUUAUGACUCUAUUAACAGUUUUGCACAUUUUAUUAUUAUUAUUAACAAACCGAAACUUUGUAAUGUUUGUUCUUCAGUUUCAUUUUGCGUAGCAUAGCGUAUAUUAUUAACGUGCCAUUUAUUCCUAUCUCCACCAUUUUUUUUUCCGUUAUUACAGUAAAUACUAUUUUAUGUACAUUUGUAUACAAUAUUUCUCAAUUUCUGUUCUUCAUAUUGUAAACAGUGUUACCUCCGGACACUCUGGGGGGGAGCUAUGUGGAGAUAGAACCUUAAAACCUAUUUUGUAAAUAAUUUUUCAUAGUUUUCGCAUGUAUUUUCAUAUUCUGUACAUUAAGCAUUAAACAAUUGUACUUGUUGUUUAACUGUAUUACAUUGAACGCAUGUAAGACACCUUCCUUCCGUUGUGAUUACAACAUACCGUGCCACUGUUAAUUCUCCUCAGCAAAUACACUCUAAUUCAC